AUGCCAAAAAACCCGUUCUUUUCCGCCCGUUUUCCCCUUCCGCCUCUCAUUCAACCAUUCCCCCCGCCUCCCAUUCUCCCCUUCCCUCCCUCCCGCCUCCCAUUCUCCCCCUUCCUACCUCCCUUCCCUCCCUUCUCCCCCUUCCCUCCUGUCCCUCCCGUCCCUCCCUUCCCUCCCUUCCCUCCCUUCUCUCCCUUCCCUCCUUCCCUCCCUUUCCUCCCUUUCCUCUCUUAUCUCCCCCUCCCUUCUCACCCUUCCCUCCCUUCCCUCCCUUCCCUCCCUUCUCUCCCUUCCCUCCCUUCUCUCCCUUCCCUCCCUUCCCUCCCUUCUCUCCCUUCCCUCCCUUUUCUCCCUUUCCUCCCUUCUCCUCCUCUCCUCUCCCCCUCCCUUCUCUCCCUUCCCUCCCUUCUCUCCCUUCCCUCCCUUCUCUCCCUUCCCUCCCUUUCCUCCCUUCCCUCCUUUCCCUCCCUUCUCUCCCUUCCCUCCCUUUCCUCCGAUCCCUCCCUUUCCUCCCUUCUCUCCCUUCCCUCCAUUUCCUUCCUUCGCUCCCUCCCUCCCUUUUCCCUUUUCUCCGUUUCCUCCCUCCCUUCCCUCCCUUUUCCUUUCCUUUCCUCCCUUCCCUCCCUUCCCUCCCUUCCCUCCCUUCUCUCCCUUCCCUCCCUUUCCUCCCAUCCCUCCCUUCGCUCCCUUCUCUCCUUUCCCUCCAUUUCCUUCCUUCGCUCCCUUCCCUCCCUUCUCUCCCUUCCCUCCAUUUCCUCCCAUCCCUCCCUUCCCUCCCUUCUCUCCCUUCCCUCCAUUUCCUUCCUUCGCUCCCUUCCCUCCAUUUCUCCGUCUUCUUCUUCCCUCCCACCCUUUUCUUCUUCUUUCUCCGUUUCCUCCCUUCCUCCCUCCCUCCCCCUACCUUCGCUCCCUUUUCUCCCUUCCCUCUCAUUCCUCCUUGCAAUCUCCUGUCCCUCCCUUCUCUCCCGUCCCUCCCUUCCCUCCUUCCCUCCCUUCCCUCCCUUCCCUCCCUUCUCUCCCUUCCCUCCCUUCUCUCCGUUCCCUCCCUUCCCUCCCUUCCCUCCUUUCCCUCCAAUCCCUCCCUUCUCUCCCGUCUCUCCCUUCUCGGAGUUCCCUCCCUUCCUUCCGUUCCUCCUCUCCCUGCUAUCACGUCUCUCCUUUCCCUCCCUUCUCUCCCGUCCCUCGCUUCCCUCCCCCCCUACCUUCUCUCCCUAUGCUCCUUUCCCUCUCAUCCUUUUUUGCAAACUCCUGUCUCUCCCUUCCCUUCCUUCUCUUCUCGUUCCGCCUCUUAUUCUCCCAUCCCGCCUUCCCUUCUUCUCGUCCCGCCUCUUAUUCUCCCAUCCCGCCUUCCCCAUUUCCCCUUCAUGCCUCCCUUCACGCCUCCCAUGA